UGCAUUCUGGGAGGCGCGUCCGCCGCGCACCGGUGUCUAGGCUCCGCUUCCCCGGAUGGACGCCGUCGGGGUUAACCUCCGCCCCGGCGCCUCCUCCCGACGCCCCGGGGCGCAGUUGGGUCCCGAGCGGUACUAGAAUUUUGAGCCAAAAUCAUACUUCUGUGAUUAAGUGCCUGCGAGGAGCCUGACCCUGAGCUCCGCCCUCUCCAUAUUCCGUCUUCGGUGAAGGAAGCGCUUGGACAGCUCAUCGGUUCCUGACUCUAAAGCUAUGGCCCACGGACACGUGGGCCCGUGUUCCCAGGGCCCCGUGACGUUCUCAGACGUGGCCAUCGACUUCUCCCGGGAGGAGUGGGCCUGCCUGGACUCCGCGCAGCGGGACCUGUACUGGGACGUGAUGCUGGAGAACUACAGCAACCUGGUCUCGCUGGAUUUGGAGUCACCACAUGAGACCAAGAACUUGCCUACAGAAAGGGGCAUCUGUGAAAUGCGUUUCUCCAGGUGGAACUCGGUCGGGAAAAGCAGGUCCCUCGGCCUGGACCGGGCGUGUGAAGGUGAGUUAGCAGGAGCGGGGGGCCCUCCGGGGGGGUGUCUCAGCCGAAGGAGGACCAGCCGCGCGGAAGCCCCUGCGGGGGAGGGGUCCUCGGUCAGGCCGCCCCCGAGGCCUCCGCGCAGGGAGAACGCCCACGCGUGCCCGGAGUGCGGCAAGGCCUUCAGCCGCGGCUACCAGCUGGCGCAGCACCGGAAGAUCCACACGGGCGAGAAGCCCUACACGUGCAAGGAGUGCAAGAAGGCGUUCCGCUGGGGCAACCAGCUGACGCAGCACCGGAAGAUCCACACCGGCGAGAAGCCGUACGCGUGUCCGGACUGCGGGAAGGCCUUCCGCUGGGGCUCCAGCCUCGUCAUCCACCGGAGGAUCCACACGGGCGAGAAGCCCUACGCCUGCCAGGCCUGUGGGAAGGCCUUCCGCCGCGGGGACGAGCUCGCGCAGCACCAGCGGCUGCACACGGGCGAGAAGGACUGCGCCUGCCCGGACUGCGGCAAGACCUUCAGCCGCGGCUACAAGCUCAUCCAGCACCAGCGCCUGCACAGCGGCGAGAAGCCCUACGCCUGCCCGGACUGCGGCAAGGCCUUCGUCUGCGGCUCCAGCCUGGCCCAGCACAAGAGGGUCCACACGGGCGAGAAGCCCUACGCCUGCCGGGAGUGCGGGAAGGCCUUCACCCGCGUCAGCUACCUCGCGCAGCACCAGAAGAUCCACACGGGCGAGAAGCCGCACGCGUGCGCGGCCUGCGGCAAGGCCUUCCGCUGGGGCUCCAGCCUCGUGAAGCACCAGAGGAUCCACACCGGGGAGAAGCCCUACAGGUGCGCCGAGUGCGGCAAGGCCUUCAACUGCGGCUACCACCUGACCCAGCACGAGCGGAUCCACACCGGCGAGACGCCCUACAGAUGCAAGGAGUGCGGGAAGGCCUUCAUCUACGGGUCCAGCCUGGUGAAACACGAGCGGAUCCACACCGGAGAGAGGCCCUACGGGUGUGGGGAGUGCGGGAAAGCCUUCAGCCACGGCCACCAGCUCACGCAGCACCAGAAGGCGCACGGCGGUGCGGAGCCCGCGAGUGCGGGGCCGGCGGACGGGCGUGUGGCCACCCGCCCCAUCACAGAGGACCGCGGGGGCGCCCCGCCGCGGGCAGGCCUCGCGAAGACCGAGAGCGUGCAGAGGCCUCCGAACAGCACGCGUCCUGCCACCGCGCGAGGCGAGUCUGUGACGCGAUGUAACAGAAGGAAGCCUCCACCGGCCGCUCCUCUCCUUCCGGAACCUCAGGACAGUCACGCGAGAGGCAGGUUUGGAGACGGGAAGUCACUUUCCUCCGCGAUUACAACACACUCAGUGUAGACAGCUUGUUCACUGGAUGGGUUAGUGUAACGGACGCCUAGAGGGUUCCCAGUACCUUUUGAUUUGAUUUUAGACCCAUUCUGGGGAAUAACCGCUAAUGUAACACGUGCAGCAGCAGCCUUUCCUCAAGGUACACACCCUGCCGGCUGUCACCCUCAGCCACCCCUUGACUCACUCCCUGUGCCGCGGGGGAAAUGACCUUUAACCCCUGUGCAUAUCUGUGAAAUCGGGACAGCCACCUGGCACUGCCAGGGGUCCAGCAGACGAGUCUGGUACGUGGAACUCCCCGCAAGUGUAUCUGGAAUGUGGUGCAAACUCAGUAAACACGCUGCACUUCUGUCGUCAUU